AUGCGGUACGAAGUCAACGACAAGGUGCUUUGCAAGCAUGGAUUGUUCUUCUAUGAGGCGAAGAUAACCGAUGUCGUAGAAGAGGACGGCGAAUUAAUGUAUACAGUGCAUUAUCUGGGUUGGCACAAACGAUACGACGAGCGAAUUCGUCAUUCGAAAUGCCAUGGAAUGUUCUUGCCGCUGACCGAAGCCAAUAUCGCCAAAGCGAAAGCAGACAUUCAAGAGGCGAGUACUGCUAAGAUAAAGCGUAAGAAAGAGAAGAUGGAAGGCGACUAUGCACGAAAGAGCGAAGAUGGAAGUCGUGCAUCAACUUCAAGUCCAGGUGCGACGGUCUUGGCUUCGCCUGGUUCAGACAUUAAUGCGCUAGACGAGAUGUUGAGCGAUUUGCCGGAAUCGUUGAAGAAGAUCCUGGUUGAAGAUUAUUACGCUGUUGUGGUACAUGGAAAACUAGCAGUUCUACCAGCAAGAGUGAAUGUCUACAACAUCGUUGAGAAAUACCUGGACUUCAGUAAGAAACUCUUCCCGCAAAAUACUGAAAUUGAUGUGCAACAUGAAUUCGGAACAACGCGUAUUGCCAGUGUGGACACCCUUUGUGCGUCUGCUCUCAAUCUGCGAGAUUAUUUUGACUUAAUCCUUGGCUAUCAGCUGCUGUACAAAUAUGAAAAGCCUCAGUACGAAGCUUUGGCAAGGCGUGAGCAGGAGAAAUUAGAUGGAGAGUGGUGGAAAAAGCACAAGGAUUUUUUAAAAGGACAGGGAGCAUGGGCUCGCAAUGCCACACCUCUGGAUCUAUUGCAGACGGAACAUGGUCCGUGCCCUCCAAAGUUUCGUCCAUCGAAAUUCUACGGUCUUUGUCAUCUGCUACGCUUGCUGGUUAAAGUACCGAUCUUGCUACGCCCAAGGUGGACGUGGACGGAUGAUCAUGAACUCAUGACGCGUGCUGCGAGUAUCCUCGAUUUCAAGGCGUUCCUUAGACAGAAUGCACCAUUUAUCUUGGAUUUCAAUCGGGACUAUAAGGUCGCGAGCGCUGAUUACGUGAAGUCAGUUGGUUGA